UUAGACUCUCAUUGGCACCUUGGUGUAUUUCGGCGGGGUGGAUAAUGAGCAGAGAAAAUUAUUUAGCAGCUAACUGGCUAAACUGGAUUUCUGCAAAAGUGUUCGUAGUUAAUUUCGCUAAAUAAGCUCAUCAAUGGAUCGCCGAAAUUUGACAGCCGUGCCGCAGCUGGCAGAGGAAUCCAUUCAGCGAUCGGUUAUCCAUGGCAUUAAGACCGAGGAGCCAAUGCAUCCAAAGACUACGUCCAGCCGGGAUUUGAGCGACUCCAGUUUGUCGCAGGCGUGUGAGCUAACCACUUCCACCGAUAAGGUCAUCAAACAGAAACGCCAUCGAACCCGGUUUACCCCACCACAGCUGCAUGAACUGGAGCGAUGUUUCGCCAAAACUCAUUAUCCAGAUAUUUUUGUUCGUGAGGAGAUUGCGAUGCGUAUCGGCCUAACGGAAUCCCGUGUGCAGGUGUGGUUCCAGAAUCGUCGAGCUAAGUGGAAGAAACGCAAGAAGGCCAUUAGUCUGCUGCGUCCACCCGGCGCUCUGUUGCCCUCGCAUCCAGGUCUGCCGGGAUUCGGUGCCACCGCGGUGGAGUGCUUCGCCAAUAACACCAUGGCAGCGGCGACAUUCGGCGUUAAUGUGGCAGCUGCGGCCGCCGCCGCGGGGAACGCCGGACAAAAUAUGCCGGAUGGACGUGCGUGCACUUGGCCGGGAGCAGCAGCAUUUGCGCCAAUGAGCGGUGCUCCCAAUGCCGCCAGCAAAUAUUCCAGUAACCUUCCGGUGAAUAACGCAGAAUACGGAUGGGUGAGUUCGCCGGUAGUGACAGGUGUGCCGCAUCAAAUCCCGGACAACAACAACAGCCAACUGUUUUCCUCAGCGGGCAAUCCCUAUGCGAAUUACUCAACGUGCCCGCCUACCCUGGUGGGCACCCAGUCCGGAUACUCCCUGGCCGGAAACGCCCUGCCGGACAUCCUAAUGAAUCCCUUCCCGGAAGCCCAUGGCGACGGUUGGCGCAACGUUAACUCCACAAUCUCCAGUUUCCGACGGAAGGCACUGGAGCAUGCCGUGCAGGGCAUGAACAGUAUGCGUUGACACUUGGUAAAAGGAUAAACAAGAAUUCUCCGCAGGAACCCUCUUCGAUUGUAUAGCUUGUUGAACUUUUAACACAUUCCAUUCCUUUUCUCCAAUAACCUUUGCGAACGGCGCGAUAAAUUUGUGCUGUCAUAGUGACCCCGUUGAUUGUAAAUACUCAUUGCAGUGCAAAAUAUCGUAACACUACCGUUCAUAUAAUGGUAGAUGUUUCCUUUUGGUUUGGUCGAUCUUGGUGCAUUUUUGUACCGUAAAUUUUUAUUUUUUCUGCCUAUGUAAAUUUUCAUUCAGGAUUUCUUAUACUGCAGGACAAUUAUUCUUUGUCUACCGCUGUAGCUUUUACUUUGGCUUGUGUUGUACAGUCUAAAAUAUAAUAAUGUGUUGG